GCCUCCUUCGAGAGCUCGGGAGCAAGCGGGCGAUAGAGAGGGGGGGGGAAUCGGAGUCGGUUCACCGGACGGUGAGGGAUAAGGGCGCGAAAUGGAGCGGGGAGCGGGGGGGCGGCAGAUGAAGUACGUCCUGGUGACCGGCGGCGUGGUCAGCGGCCUCGGGAAGGGCGUCACGGCCAGCAGCAUCGGCGUCGUCCUCAAGGCCUGCGGCCUCCGCGUCACGUCCAUCAAAAUCGAUCCAUACUUGAACACGGAUGCAGGGACCAUGUCUCCAUUUGAACAUGGGGAAGUUUUUGUUCUUGAUGAUGGCGGCGAGGUUGAUUUGGAUUUGGGAAACUAUGAGCGCUUCUUGGACGUCACCCUGACUAGAGACAACAAUAUAACUACAGGGAAGAUAUAUCGGUCUGUCAUUGACAAGGAAAGGAAGGGUGAUUAUCUUGGAAAGACUGUCCAGGUUGUCCCUCACAUCACAGAUGCCAUAAAGAACCGGAUUGAGAGAGUAUCAUCUACUCCGGUCGAUGGAAAAAGGGGCCCAGCUGACGUGUGUGUAAUAGAGUUGGGUGGGACUGUGGGUGAUAUUGAAUCAAUGCCUUUCAUUGAAGCCUUGCGCCAGCUGUCAUUUUCUGUUGGUAAAGAGAACUUCUGCCUCAUUCAUGUGAGCCUUGUACCAGUAUUGGGCGUAGUUGGUGAGCAAAAAACAAAGCCAACACAACAUAGUGUCCGUGAAUUAAGGGCAUUAGGUUUGACUCCUGAUUUAUUGGCAUGCCGCUCAGCUCAGCCUUUACAAGAAAGUACGAAAGAGAAACUGUCACAAUUUUGUCAUGUCCCGGUUGCUAAUAUUCUUAACAUCCAUGAUGUUCCAAACAUUUGGCAUGUUCCACUGUUACUUCGGAACCAAAAUGCACACGAAGCUAUAUUAAAGCAGUUGGAUUGUCUCAGUAUUGCUACUCCUCCAGAUUUAAAAGGGUGGACAAUAAUGGCAGAGGCAUAUGAUAACCUCACAAACUCUGUCAGUAUCAUCAACAACCCAUCAUGCUAUGUGCCAAUAUUUUUCUUUUCUAGUCGUAUGACUGAUGAAGGCACCAUUUUCCUGCAGGUUAAAAUAGCUAUGGUUGGAAAGUAUACUGGCCUGACAGACUCUUAUUUAUCUGUAGUGAAGGCCCUUCUGCAUGCCUGUGUUUCUUGCUCACUGAAGCCAUCAAUACAAUGGAUUGCAGCAUCUGACCUCGAAGAUGAAAGUGCAAAAACGACACCGGAGGCGCAUGCUGUAGCAUGGGAAGCUCUGAAGAGUUCUUCAUGCAUUUUGGUACCUGGUGGAUUUGGCGACCGUGGGGUGCCAGGAAUGAUAUUGGCUGCAAAAUAUGCUAGAGAGAACAGAGUUCCAUAUCUUGGCAUUUGCUUGGGGAUGCAGAUCUCUGUGAUUGAAAUUUCUCGAUAUGUUUUAGGUUUGGGAAAAGCAAACAGUGAAGAGUUUGAUCCUGAAACACCACAUCGUGUUGUGAUAUUCAUGCCUGAGGGUUCAAGAACACACAUGGGAAGUACAAUGAGAUUGGGGUCACGGAGAACAUUCUUCCAGAAUCCUGACUGUAUUACCUCAAAGCUAUACGGAAAUUCUGCCUAUGUGGAUGAACGCCACCGUCACAGAUACGAGGUGAACCCUGAUUUUAUUGGAAACUUGGAAAGUGCGGGCCUAAAGUUUGUAGGAAGUGAUGAAAGUGGAAGAAGAAUGGAGAUUGUAGAACUACAAGAUCAUCCCUAUUACGUUGGUGUGCAGUUUCAUCCGGAAUUCAAAUCAAGGCCUGGAAAACCUUCAGCUCUGUUUUUAGGUCUUAUAUUGGCAGCAACCGGACAACUGCAGCCGUAUCUGAAGAGGAUUUCUGAUUCGAGUGCAGAAGCCCCUCGGUGACUCUAGUGCCCCCACUUUAGGAGGGAAUAUCUUCAAAAUAAAAUAAAAAAAUCUUAGGGGCAAUGCAUGUUUUGUACCAAGGCUAAAUUGCUGCGUUUUUGUUGCUACUGAUGUCAAGCUGGAGCUGCAUCAAGAUUCAAUAUGGAGAGUAUUGUGUACUUUUUCCAGAGCAACAAUUUUUUAUUUGCGGUUCUUCUCAAAUAUAAUUUUAUCCAUUUAUUGGUUUUUGGAAUGCUCCUUGUUGGACAAUUAUGGAAGUCAGUUUUCCAGCUUUCUAUAUAAACUCUAAUUCUAGAGAUCCAUAGUAUGGUAAAGAUCAUUGCUCCAUUGCCA